AUGAAGAAGACCUUAAUAACAUUCUUGUUGUUGAUGGUUGUGGUUAUCUCUACAAAAAUAGAAGCUGAAGAGUUUAGAACUCGAAGUAUUUAUAUACAUUUAACAUAAGGGAUGACCUAUACUGAAUCAUAAAAUCUAGAUGUUACUCAUUUAAAUUGUCAUACUGAUUUUGAAUAUAUGAUAGAAGAGUUGGCAAGAUGGGUUGAUAUAAUAGAUAAUCGAGAACAAUUGAUCAAAGAUCUCGCAAUAAUUAAUUAAGUUAUAAGCAUUGUAGAAAAAGCAAAAGGUACAAUAGCAGUGAUAAAGCCUUAAAUUCUAAUGUAAAUAGAAAGCUAAGUGAGCAAAUCACUGAAAAGUAUAUUUACAUAAAACAAAUGGGCAGCUUGUAAAGUAGAAGAUGCCCUCGAAUACGUUGCUUAAUUAAAUGCCACAUAAUGUAUAAAUUUUGAAUAAAAUUAUAGCAAAUGAAGAGAAAAUUGCUUUAGCAAAUAAAAUUAUAGCCCAUUUAAGAUAAACCUAAGAACAAAUUCAUUAAUACUUAGAUUAAUGUUAAUAUGCAAAGCGUACUUAAGGUUUGAGGUAAAAGAUUAGUUAGCUAUAAAAUUUAAAACGAGGAUGUGAUCAAGAAAUAAAAAAGCCAACAAUAGUAAUAGAGAAUGAUCCAGAAGAUGAAGUGAUUAAUUUCGAUGAAGAAANUUGGAUUGAUAAAUUUUGUAGAUAAAUAGAUACUUUAAGAAAAGUGAUAUAAAAUAAUUAUAAAUUUAAUAGGUAAAAAUUGAAUGUAAUCUUGAUAGUUUUUCAUGAGCUGGUCUAAUUUUUCUUAAAAAAAGGAUAGAAUGGACUUGUAAAUUGUGCGGUCCUCAAGACAUGUAUUUUAAUCAAAAUGAUCGGAGUUGUAUUGAUUCAUUUAGAUAGUAAUAAAAUUUAAUAGCAAAUAAAAAAACGGUAUAUAGCAUAUAUAUUUUUAACAUAAAUGAAGAAGACCUUAAUAACAUUCUUGUUGUUGAUGGUUGUGGUUAUCUCUACAAAAAUAGAAGCUGAAGAGUUUAGAACUCGAAGUAUUUAUAUACAUUUAACAUAAGGGAUGACCUAUACUGAAUCAUAAAAUCUAGAUGUUACUCAUUUAAAUUGUCAUACUGAUUUUGAAUAUAUGAUAGAAGAGUUGGCAAGAUGGGUUGAUAUAAUAGAUAAUCGAGAACAAUUGAUCAAAGAUCUCGCAAUAAUUAAUUAAGUUAUAAGCAUUGUAGAAAAAGCAAAAGGUACAAUAGCAGUGAUAAAGCCUUAAAUUCUAAUGUAAAUAGAAAGCUAAGUGAGCAAAUCACUGAAAAGUAUAUUUACAUAAAACAAAUGGGCAGCUUGUAAAGUAGAAGAUGCCCUCGAAUACGUUGCUUAAUUAAAUGCCACAUAAUGUAUAAAUUUUGAAUAAAAUUAUAGCAAAUGAAGAGAAAAUUGCUUUAGCAAAUAAAAUUAUAGCCCAUUUAAGAUAAACCUAAGAACAAAUUCAUUAAUACUUAGAUUAAUGUUAAUAUGCAAAGCGUACUUAAGGUUUGAGGUAAAAGAUUAGUUAGCUAUAAAAUUUAAAACGAGGAUGUGAUCAAGAAAUAAAAAAGCCAACAAUAGUAAUAGAGAAUGAUCCAGAAGAUGAAGUGAUUAAUUUCGAUGAAGAAACAGAGGAAAUCAUUUAUUAUUAUUUUGAAGAAGAAGAUAUUGAAACUCCCCCAGAUUAUAUUUAUAAUGAGCCUUAACAUUAUACAUAUCCAACAUAUAAGGAUGAGAAUUAAAAACCACAGAAAAAAUAAGUUAAAAAAAUAGUACCAAAAGAAAUAGUAGAAGAAAUUAAAGGAAAUAAAAGAUAUGUAGCUUUAGGUCAUGAAAUUGAAGGAGAGGCUAAAGAAUCUACUGAUGAAACAUAAACUUAACAAGAAGAACCAGAAUUAGUUGUAUAAGCAGCAAAAGUUAGUAAAAUUGAAGGCUUGAAUGAUGAAGAUGAAAGUGAUAAGACAAAUGAUGAAAAGGAUAAGGGAAGUAGUGAGUCUAAAGAAUAAUAACAUGGAGAAGAAACUUAAGAAGCAGAAAACAGUGAAUAAUAAUAAUAAGUUGAAACUCAUGACAAUCCUUAGUCACAAAAAGAAUCAGUAACAAAAAAAGAUGAAAGUAUUGUUGAAUCUAAAAAUGGAUCAGAUGAAGGUAGUACUACUUCAGAAAAUAAAAUUAUUACAGACAAUAAAACUGAAGAAACAGGUGAUCAAACUGAUGAAACAAAAUCAACUAAUAAAGAUACCAAAGAAUCUAAAUCAAAUGAAACAUAAGAAUCAGUUGAUGAAUCAUUAGAAACUAAAGAAGAUAAAAAACAAGAUUAAACGAAAGAAUCUUCAUAAACAACUACGAAUGAAGAAUCAGAAAGUGUAACAGAAUAAAAAUAAGAAGAAUCAUUAGAAAAAAAAGAAGAACCUAUUUAGUAAUAAAAAUAAGAUUAAACUUAAUCUUAAAUUAGUGAUAAUUAAAAAACAGAAGGUGAAAAAGAAGAAAUAACUAUUGAUAAUUAAUCUAAUAAUUCAGAUGAUAAGAAAGAUUUGAAAAUUGAAUCUUCUAAAGUUGAUGAAUAGAAAUAAGUGGGUGAAUAAAAGUAGGAGGGAGAAUAGAAGUAAGAAGGUGAAUAAAAGGAAGAAGGAGAGGAGAAAUAAGAGGGUGAAUAGAAGUAAAAAGGAGAAUAAAAAUAAGAAGGAGAAUAAAAGUAAGAAAGCGAAUAGAAAUAAGAAGGUGAAUAGAAAUAAGAAGUAGAAUAAAAGUAAGAAGGUGAAUAGAAAUAAGAAGGAGAAUAAAAGUAAGAGGGAGAAUAAAAGUAAGAGGGAGAAUAGAAGUAAGAAGGUGAAUAGAAAUAAGAAGGUGAAUAAAAGUAAGAGGGUUAAUAGAAAUAAGAAGAAGAAUAAAAAUAAGAAGGUGAAUAAUAAUCUAAUGAAAAGAAAAAAAAAUAAUAAACUUCAGAUGAUCGUUCAUUAAAAAUAUAAUCAUUAAGAGAAUAACCUAAUCCAAAUGAACCAACUUAAUUUUAACCACCAAAACAUAGAGCUAAUGCAGGUCGUGUUUAAGAAAGAAAAGUUGUAGCAGUAAAUACAAAAUAUUAAAAUUCUGAUUUUGAUGGUGAUCCUACAGAAUAAUUUGAAUUUAAUGAUAGAUCAUUACUCUAAGACUCAUCUGAAUAUGGUUAUGGAUAUUGGGUUAAAUAUACAGAACAUGGAGUAAAGGAACAUAGUAAAGAAGAUGGAGAAUACUAUUUCUUAUCAAGAAUGACUAUAAAUGAAGAAUAUGAAGAUUUUUCAUUUUAUGGAGAUAGAACAUUAGCAGUAUUCAUGAUUGAUAAUUCAUUCGUAUUCAGUACAUAUGAUACAAGUGAGAAAUUGAAGACUAAGGAUAAGCCAGUAGUUUUGAAUGAAAAUAUGGAUAGUAUGUGGUAUUUCGUAAUGUUCUCUUACAGUAAUCCAUUAAGAAGAGCUGUUGGUUAUAUUGUAUGUUAUGGAGAAGGGAAUGGAAUAUACAGAGUAGAAAUAGAAGCUACUCACAUACCACCAUCAUAUGUAAAAAUUAUAUUUGGUGGUAAACACAUGGAUUACAAAGGAUUGAAUGGAUAAUUUGCUAAUAUCUUUUUUGAUAUUGAUGCUCCAGCAUUUGUUGAUGGAGAUGAAGCAUUGUAAGAAGUACUAAAAAGCUUGAGUAAUCCACCUUAAAGUGUUCCAGCAAUGAUAGAUGAAACAAUAAUAUAAAAACCUAGACAUUUUAAUGGUAAUGACAAAGGAGAAUAGUUUCAUUUUGAUCCAUAAGAAUCUUAAUUAAUUAUUGAAGAAUAUGCAGUUGGAUUAUGGUUCAGAUGGAUAGAUGAUUUGAAAGUUGAUGAACCAAAUACAUUUUAGAUAAUAAAUUUGAGAUCAAAUAAAGUUAAAACUGCAGGAAAAGGUGUUUUAGGAGAUAGAGCAUUAGAAAUACAUCAUACUUAUGGUGGUGGUGCUAAGAGUACAGUCUAUUUUAAUACUUAUACAAUUAAGGGUAAUAGAGCAAAAGGAUUACCCUAUUUAUCAAAGACAGUAGAGAGUCCUCAAUUUAUAUGGACAUAUGUAUAUUUUGGAUAUGAUAAUGAUGGAGGACGUGCUUAUGGUGCUUUAAUCAAACCAGGAGAGGUUGGAGAAAUUUAAUAUGAAGGUAUUUAACAUAAAUUAGUUAAUUCUUUGAGUGUAACUUUGGGUGGUGAUGAUAUUAUAUCCCCAUUUAAUGGUAUGAUUGGUUAUGUUGGAAUUUAUCUUGGAACUGGGGCAUACAGAUAGGGUUUAGCAUUUGAAAUGACAUUUAAUUAUGGUGAGGGAGUUAUGGGUGUAUAUUAAGUUGGCAAACCAGUUACUUAUAUAGCAGGAGAUGCUAAUUAAGCUAGACAUGUUGCAUACGAUGCUCCAGAUAAUGUUGUUGAUAAAAUUAUUAUUCAUAAUGAAGAUGGAAUGAGAAUUAAUGGAUAAAGUGAAUAUUCAUUUGGAUUAUGGACUAGAUGGUUGAGUACAUUGCCUAAAUAUUUGAAUAAGAGAUCACCUAUACACACUAUUGCCAGAAUGGGUACAUAAGGAUAUGUUAUAGAAUCUGUUGAUGGAAAAUUGGUUAGAUCUAAUGCUAAUAGACCCAAUACACCUAAAGAUAAUACGUUAUCAAUAUCUUUAACUCCAGAUUCUUAUGAAUUUUAAACUUUAGAAUUGAAAGAUGAUAUAUAAUUUUAAUAAUUAGAAGGACACUGGAAUUAUUUAUACUUUGGAUAUAUUAGACAUGGUAAUUAAGGAUUGGCUAAAGGUUAUGUUUAAUUUGGUGUAGAUGGAGAGGUUGAAGAAGUUAUUUUUGAUACACACCAUGAUUUUUUACUUGAGUAUGUUGAAUUUAUUGUUGGUAAAACAUCAGCACCAUUAUUUAAUGGAGAAAUGGCAAGAAUAUCCUUUUCAUUUGGACCUGGAUCAUUUAUUCAUACAAUAGAAACUUUAAGAAUCUUUACAUAAAAUACUUUACCAGAAAAAGCUUAGAUUCAUCCAGUAUCUAGACAAACAUUAUAAUUGGUAGGUGCACCUUAAUAACUCAAGGAGGAACCAAUUUAAUUUGAAUUUGAUAAAUAUUAAGGAGCUGAAGAGUAUGCAAUUUCUGGAUGGGUUAGGUGGAGUGGUCCAUUGGUAACUGGAAAAGUUUCUCAUCUAAUAACGAUGGCUUAGAAGAGAUUAGAAGAUUUAGAUGGUAAAAAUGAAGAAACUUUAUAAAUCAUUAGAGGAGAUUUAGCCUUUACUUUUGUGACUUAUAAUCAAAAUUAGGAUGAAUAUAAAUUAGUAACUUAAGAUGAAGCUUAUGGAGAAUAUGCUGAUUAAUGGACAUACAUUUAUUAUGGAUAUUCAUAAUAGAAAUAGUAAACUUAUGGUUAUUUGAAAUAUACAUUUACAGAAACUGAAUUUAAAUAAGAAAAAGUUAAUCAUUUUUACUUAGCAGUAUUUUCAGUUUUAAUUUAAGAGAAAUAAUAAUAUACUCAAUUUAUUGGUCAUAUAAAAACAUGGGUUAUAAAUAUUGGAGAUGGAGCAUUUAGAGAAGGAGGAUUUGAUGAAAAUGAAAAUAUAAAAGUGCAUUUUGGAUUUAUCAGUGGCACAGAUCAUAUAAAAUUAUAAUAAGCUGGAUAAGAAGCACAUCAUGAAGAGACUAUAUUAGAAUGUUCAUCUUAAAGUGAUGAAGUACCUUUACAUAUUGAAUUCUAAUAGAGUGAUAAAUUGCAUUUACAUGGUGUUAGUGAAUAUGGUUAUGGAUAUUGGAUUAAAUUCUAAUAUUUUGGAAAUAAGAAUACAAUUUAUAGUAGACCUUAAUUAAUGGGAUUGAGUAGAUUGACUAGUAAUAAGGAAUACAAAGACUUUGAUAAUCCAGGAGAUAGAGUCCUUUUGGUUUUAUUAGGAAAGUAAUCCUAUCACUUUGGAACUUAUGAUGUAAUUACAAAAUCAAAUAAUGUUGCAGGAGAUAUUCCUUAUUAAAUUGAAUCUGAAGGAGAAUGGACUUAUCUUUAUUUCAGUUUUAAGAGAAUCUCUUAAACCUAAGGACAUGCAAUGGCAUUUACUCAUUAUAAAGAUACUACAUCAGGUAUUCAAAUGGAUGUUAUGCAUUCAUUAUUAACUGAUUAUUUACAAUUAACUGUAGGAAAUGCAGGUAAAUAUUACUCAAAUUUCAAUGGACAAAUAACAACCAUCAGAUUUAAUUUAGGUCCAGGUGCUUAUAUUGACAACAAAUAAGGCUUAUUAUAAAGAAUUAAGAAUAAAGAUGUAAUGCCUGAUGUUUUGGCUCCAACUAAAAAAUAUGAAGUCUUAAUUGGAAAACAUGAUAUUACUAAAAUAGAGGAGGAUUAACAUAUUACUCAAGUAAAUGAAGAAGCAAGAGAAUAUAGUGUUUAACUAUGGUUUAGAUGGUUCAGAUUAGCAGUUAAGACUUAAUAAUUAAUUUAUAGAUUUACCUCUUCAAAUCCUGAUGCUUUAGGUGAUGCAUAAAAAAUUGGAGAUAGAACAUUGGCUCUAUUUCAUACAGAUGGUGUAGAAUUUAGCACCUACAAUUUAAACCCACUUUCUUUAUAGAAUACUUAUUAAGCAUAGAUUCCUUAUUAAUAAUUAGAAGUAUGGACAUUUGUUUAUUUUGGUUAUUCUAAGCAUCAUUAAAAGAUUAGUUAUUAUUUAUUAGCUGAUGAUAAUGAACACAAAGGAUUAGAAUAAGCUUUGCAUGCUGUUUCAUCUCAUUAUUGGUUAUUCUUAGUAAAGGAUGCUAUGACAAAACCAUUUGAUAGUAGAUUGGCUCAAGUUAUAUUAAAUAUUGGAGAUGGAAGCUAUAGAUAAGAUAACUUUAACACUCUCUAAGUUUAUUUAGCUGCACCUAAAUUGUUUAGUUCUGAUAGUAAAUUUGAUUGGGAAGCAGAUGACACAAUCACAUUAGUGUCUGAAGAUCCAGAUAAACAAGGUUUAAAAAUUACAUUCUCUGAACCUGAUAGAAAAAUUGAAAGUGUUUAAGAAUAUUCUGUUGGUUUAUGGACAAGAUUUUUGUAAGCAUGGCCAGAAAGAUUAUGGCAUACACCUUCUGAAAUGUAGAUUUUAAGACUAACUUAUAAUGAUGAAGUAGAACAUGGCAAAAUUGCUUUAGGAGAUAGAGUUUUAAGUGCUUAAGUUGUUUUAGAAAAUUAUUAAUUUGGUACAUAUGAUUUAAAUGAUGAUUCUCCUAAUGAGAUUAGUACAAUACCUUACACUCAUUUAGAAGGAAGAUGGCAUUAUAUAUAUGUUGGUUACAAGAGAUAAUUGUAAUAAGCAAAUUACUUUGUAUAUGAUGGAGAUGAAAUUAAACAUGCAGUAAAUGAGAAACUAUUACAUAAACCUCUAGGAGAUUAUAUUCAUUUGAUUUUGGGAGGAGAAAAAGAUGUAUCACCAUUCUAAGGUCUAUUUACAGAAGUAUCAGCUCAUUUUGGUGUAGGAUCAUUCAUUUCAUCAGGAGAAGAAUUAAUGAAAUCAAUAGAUACUAGUUUUGCAUUGCCUUAAGAAUUAACUGUUGAUUAUAUUCAUAAAUAAAAACAUGGUUAAUAACAAUUGAUUGGUGAAAGUGAUAAUAAUGAAGGAAGUGAAAGCACUGGAGAUACUUGGAGUGGAGUAGGUGAAUAUGCUAUUUCAGGUUGGUUUAAGAUAGCAGAAACAUAAGUGAAAAAAGAAGGAGAAGUUAAUUCACCUUGUUAAAUACUAUUUAGAAUAACAAACAAUCAAAAAGAACAUUUAAGUGAUCGUAAAUCAUAAGGUGAUAGAGCAUUACAUGCUUAAAUAUGUACAAGUGAUACUGUAAAAUUGAGUACAUAUACUUUGAAAGGAUUGAAAGAUUGGAAUGAAGCGAAAUUCUUAGAAGAGAAAGUUGAACUUGGAAAUUCAAAGAAGGCUUGGGCAUAUUUAUAUAUGGCUUAUAAUGAGAAUUUGGGUGAAGUUCAUACAUUAUUACAUCUAUUUGAAGAGGAUAAACCUGUUAUUUUUAAGGGAGUUUAACAUUUUGUUCCUCAUUUCAUAGGAAUUUAUGUAGGUAAAGAUCCACAUAGCAGAAGAUUUUAAGGAGAAUUGCAAAAAUGGGUUGCUUAAUAUGGUUAAGGAGCAUUUGUUGAUGUAAUGAAGAAAGGUUAUGAAGAUACUCUACCAAACUUUAGACAUAUUUAAAUUAAUUAAAAAUAUCUUUGGUUUGAAAAAGAAGAUAGAAUUAUUUAAACACCUGAAAAAGUUGAAUAAACAUUUACAUCUGAAACAGAAUCAGUAGAUGAAUAUGCAAUUGGUGUAUGGACAAGAUGGUUAAUAGCAUUUCCAUCUACUUUAACAGAAAGAGCUGAUGUUCAUACUAUCUUCAGAUUUUCAAGCACUCGUUAAUAUUAAGAUAAGAGUGAAUUAGGAAAUAGAGUAUUAUCUGCUUUCCUAACUAAAGGAAAUUAUGAAUUUAGUACAUAUGAUGUAUCUAAACCUUCUAAUGCUGUUGAUGCAUAAUUGCCUUAUGAAAAUAUAGAAGGUGAAUGGAUAUAUGUAUAUGCUGCUUAUAAAAAUAAGAAUUUCUAUGGAAUGGUCUUAUUUAAAGAAUAAUAAAAGGCUGUUCAUCUAAAUCUUGAAGUAACACAUUAAGUUUUAACAGGAUACGCUCACUUUGUUCUUGGAGCAAAUGAAUUUGGCUAUAAAGCAUUCCAUGGUUGGUUCUAUGAUCCAAGAGUAUUUUUAGGAUCUGGAAGCUUUAUAAAUGAAUCACAAAAAGUAGUAGAGAUGAUUCAUAAAUUACAUAGAAAAUUACCUGCAUCACCUUAAUAAGCUGAAGAUUUCAAAUGGCCAGUAUCUUUAUUGGAUACAACCAAUCAUGAUGAUCUUGAUUCUAAAAAAAAUCAAUUAAAUUUUGAAUUUACAGAUAAAGCAGAAGUUUAAUCUUACAGUAUUGGAUUCUGGUUCUAAAAUGCAGUCUUGCUUCCAGAAAUGGAAAAUGAUUUCACUGCCUUAGUUCGUUUAACUACUAAUAGCCCUGAUCUUGCUGCUGAUGACAAAUUUAUUGGAGAUAGAACAUUAGCAUUAUUUACAAAAUCAGAUAAAUUAAUGGCUAGUACUUAUACAAUUAAAGAUCCAUCAUUUGAACCAUUAUCUCAUACUUUUGAUAUCAAAGAACAUUAAUGGACUUUUGUUUACUUUGGAUAUGAAAAGCAUCAUGCUAGAGCUUAUGUGCUCACUCCUAAAGGACCUACUGAUAAAACCUUUAUUGCUUAACAUAUAGUUCCUAAUGCAUUUUAUUUAAGAGUCGUUAAUGAUCUUGGACAUCCAUCUUUUUGGGUAUUAUACUCUAUUUAUUUUAUAGGGUAAAAUCUAUGGUUUGAAAGUCAAUUUCGGUGAUGGUAGCUAUCUUGAAAAUCCAUUAGAAUUAAUUGACAAAUGGCCUUAUGAUCCUAAAUAACAUUCUGAUAUUGAUAAAUAAGGAGAAAAAAUCUUAUGUACUUCUUCUAUUCUAUUAUUUUAGCUAUCAAUUCUGCCAAAGUUACAAAAACCAAGAAUGAAGAUGAUAAACAAUGAGCUAUAAACUAAUAGAUCAG